CUGCUUUUUUCUUCUAGUAGACACUGCUGUCCAUCAGAAGAAAUAAUUAAUGGGUCUAUUAUGUAUGAAAGCGUCAUCCUGUCAGUUAAGUGACUGGUUUGAAUAGCUCAUAUCUGCUACUCAUUGAUGCCAUGCGUGCUCACUGUCCUGAGAGAUGACAAAACACUACACCCUUUGGGAUUUUUACCCCCUCUGUUCUAAAGCAGCAUUUCACAUCUGUGUCUGACAGAAGCAUAAGGAGCUGAGAGAGGCAGACCUUCAUCAUCCUUCACAGAAUAACGCUGCAUGGGUUAAAAGUUAAGAUCUGAUGUCUACUGAUCCUGCAUUUUUCCUACAAAAAUCUAAAAUGUGGAGGCUACCAAAAUAUGUAGGGAGAUAACUUUCCAGUGUUGGAAUCAUCUACAGAAAACAGAUGGAAUUUACUGGAUACUAAAUCUUUGAAUUUUUAAAUGGGUGCUGAAUACUUGAGUUAACUGGGGGCAGAAUAAACAAAAAUGCUGAAUGUGGAAGAAAUCAGAUAUUGGAGAUACCUGGAAAUAAACUGGAAACAACCAAUACCACAAGAUGAAGCAGCAGUGAACAAUAAGACGCUGUGGAAAAAGAAAUCACAAGACGAGAGUGCACAAUGCAUUUCAAGUAGAAAAAAGCUUCCUAUCUGCUGAGUGAGUCUCAGUAUAUUCUGACAGAGAACAGAUAAAGCUUCAAUCAAGUAUCUCCUAGCUGUCUCUCAAAGAAUAUUUUCAAGUACAGAAACCAAUAUGCAACAGUGCUAAGAUCUGAUGACAAUACACCAAGAAUAAGAAUGGAAGUAAAUUUAUUCAGCAAUUCUACUGUUGUAAACAGUUCAUCCAUCAACCAUAAGCAGUUAGAAGGGCAUAGCCUCUGGGAAGUCAUUACUAUUGCCACUGUAACGGCAAUUGUAAGCUUAAUAACCAUAGUGGGAAAUAUUCUUGUAAUGAUAUCCUUCAAGGUUAACAGUCAGCUCAAAACUGUCAACAAUUAUUACUUGCUCAGCCUCGCCUGUGCAGAUCUCAUCAUUGGAAUAUUUUCUAUGAACCUUUACACAUCCUAUAUACUCAUAGGGCAUUGGUCUCUUGGAAGCCUUGCCUGUGACCUGUGGCUAGCACUGGACUACGUAGCUAGCAAUGCCUCAGUAAUGAACCUCCUAGUUAUCAGUUUUGACAGAUAUUUUUCCAUCACAAGGCCUUUAACUUACAGGGCCAAACGCACGCCCAAAAGAGCUGGCAUCAUGAUUGGUCUGGCUUGGCUCAUUUCCUUCGUGUUGUGGGCACCCGUAAUCUUGUGCUGGCAGUAUUUUGUGGGUGAACGAACAGUACCGCCUGAAGAGUGCCAGAUACAGUUUUUAUAUGAGCCCAUUAUCACCUUUGGUACUGCAAUUGCUGCUUUUUACAUUCCAGUGUCAGUGAUGACCAUUCUGUAUUGCCGCAUCUAUAAAGAGACAGAGAAACGUACCAAGGACCUUGCUGAACUGCAGGGUUCGGAGUCUGUGGCCGAAUUUGAGAUGAUUAAGCCUCAGAAAGCUCUCCUGAAGUCUUGCUUCAGUUGCAAGCAGCAAAACUUAGUCAAAAGAGAGAGGUGUCAGGCUUCCUGGUCUUCAUCUAGUCGAAGUACGUCAGCUACGGUGAAAGCCUCUCAGGCAGCGAGUACUUGUAACGACUGGGCUAAGGCUGACCAGUUAACCACCUGCAGCAGCUACGCAUCUUCAGAAGAGGAGGAUAAACUUGCCGCUGAUUCAGUUUUCCAAGUAACUUACAAAAGUCCAUCUAAAGGUAAGGCAGAAGAGUUUAAUGAGAGUACGGAUGUUGUUGUCAAAGACCAACCUGAAGAAAAUGAUUUUGAGAAUCAGAAAUACUUUUUGUCACCUGCCAAAGGCCAUGUACAAAAAAGUAAAAAAUGUGUGGCCUAUAAAUUCCGGUUGGUGGUUAAGGCUGAUGGCACCCAGGAAGCCAACAAUGGUUGCCGUAAAGUAAAAAUAACUCCUUGUUCUGCUGCUCUGUCAAAGGAUCCUUCCAUCAAAAGCAUGGAUCCAAAUAUAAAUAACCAAAUCACCAAAAGGAAACGGAUGGUUCUUAUAAAGGAACGCAAAGCAGCACAGACUUUAAGUGCCAUUCUUUUGGCUUUUAUCAUCACAUGGACUCCCUACAAUAUCAUGGUUUUGAUCUCCACAUUCUGCUCUGACUGCAUUCCCCUGACAUUGUGGCACCUUGGUUAUUGGCUAUGCUAUGUGAACAGCACUGUUAACCCCAUUUGUUAUGCCCUCUGUAACAAAACUUUCAGGAAAACUUUUAAGAUGCUACUUUUCUGCCAGUGGAAAAAGAAAAAAGUGGAAGAAAAACUAUACUGGCAGGGCAAUACCAGAUUGCCAUAAUUGCUCUUCUGUAAGGGAUGAGGGGGAAAAUAGAUAUUGAUGUAACCUAGUAAAUUGACUGUAAUUCUGUCUUUUCAAAGCUGUUGCUUUAUAUGUCUAGGGGUUAAAAAAAUUCUGCAGAAAAUUUUGCAUGAAAGUAGUGUGCUUGGGAUAAAGAAGUCAGCGUCUGCUGUAAGCAGCAUGGGGUGUUUGUGAUUAUGCAGUAGAUCUGUGUUAAAGUUACUACGUUUGGGGUCUUCUGUCCUUUCUUUCAGCCUGAGAAAGUGUAGAGGAAAUGAUAAACUACUAGAAAUUAGAGUGAGAUGGUCAUCUAGUCAUCAGGUCACGUCAUCCAGUCUAUCUCCCUGUAGUGCAGAACUGUUUCUUCCUAUAGUUCCUUUCUUCCUUUCUAGUGUAUUGUCUAUUUAGUUUUCAGCAUACCAAGCAAUGGAGCUUGUACUAUUUCCAUUUUGAGGCUUUUCCGCCUGCUGUGGGAAUAAAACAAGGACUAUUUAAAGGGGGAAAUGCUGUCAUCCCCAAUAGUAAAUGGUUAGGGAGAUUCAGAAUACUCCAAAUGAACACACAUAGGAGAAUGUAAUACUGAGAAAAUUUCCACUUUAAGGAUGACUUUUGUGGAGACAUAGGAAGGGCUGAUAGUGGAGGACAUAGGUAAUGUAUUUUGUAUACGAAGAAGCCAGUCCCAAUCUCAGUUCCAUCAUGCAAGUCACUGCCACCAGUAAAAAUGGUCAUAGUUAGCAAACACCUCUGAUUUUUUCCAUUUCCCAAUGCUUCUGAAGGAAAUUUAAAAAAUUUAUGUGAUAGUGACAAUGGUACAAAUCAGAACUGACUGUAUAGCUUAAUGGACAUAGUCUGUCUAGUUUACAACACAAGGAAAGGUUUUUUUGCAAUCAUCUCCUUUGUUGCACUUAUCCUUGCCCCAAAAGUUUCCAUUAAUGAUGGGAUGAUGCAGAACAAGAGAAAAAUAUGUAUUGAUGCCCUGUGCUUUUACCUAUAUGUUAUGAGAUUAUUAAAAACAGUGACAGAAUUGGCAUCUCAUAAAGAAGAAAGAUUUUUAAAGUAUUUUUUUAAUAUUUCCAUGAAAUUAUUAAGGACACUUUGCACUUUCAUAGCACUUCUUAUCUUUAAAUAGCUUUACAAAUGCUAAUCAACCUUAGGUGUUUGGAAACAUAGUUUAUCUCCAGCCAGUAUCUUCUGGUCCGGCAGAACCAUGUCUGCUACAGGACUACCCCUUUGACAGUUGUGGCUUCUGGGACUGGUGUGUACUGGCCUAGUUAUGACGAGCUGAGUGAGGCUCUGGCCACUAGCUGAGGUUUGUCGGGGCUUUGGGUAUGGUGAGGACGCUUCUGUGGCCGGGGUGAGCUUCAUAUGCCUGCCUGACGCUCAUGUUACAUCGGCAGGAGUCCUGCAGCAUUGGCCAAGUGAGUCCAAGGCCACUGGAACGGAGCUGGUGACCCGGCUCCUUGUGGCGGGAACAAAUGUGAAGCCUCAGAAAAAGCCAUGAGAAAACAAAGUUAAUGGCGACAGGAGUCAUAAGGAGUCAAGUGCUAAAGUAAACAAAUGUUUAUGAGUAAAUGAGAAGAACUCCACAUAUGCAAAGUUCAGAUUCAGCUCUAACCUUUCUAUCAGAAUUCAGAGUGAGAUGCUCUGGAAUAUUAGUUUGGGCCAAUCUUGAUAUUAUAUCUACUUAUAUGCAUCAGUGGGACAUUGCAGUGGUGACACGACCCAGUUGCACAUUUCAGGGAUUGUAUUAGUCAUCCUGAAUGUACCAUUGCUCUCAGAGAAAUUGUUCAUUUAAUUUAUUAAAUUAUCAUAACAUCAAAAUGUUUCCCUACAGAUACAUAAUUCCUCCAUGUCAACAGCCACAGUAAAAGUAAUUAAUUUUUUCAUCCCCAAUCUCCAGAGGGGAGAAUUGUGUCAGUGAAAGAUUAUCAGUGUAGUAAUGUAAAACUAUGUUUUCUAAAUUCAUAUGAUUGAUUUUGUAACACACCAUACUGUGCCUAUUAUUUUUUGUGCAUUAGAAUAUGAUUGUUUAUUAAAGGAAAGUAUGGGUCUUAAUAAAGACCCUUUCACCAGCUUUCCUCUGUCACUAUCCAGAGCUUUUCCUGUGUACGGUAACUAUGUACAAGUUGGUUAUUAUAAUGGUUUUAUUUUAUAUUACAUUGGAUCGGACAUUCAGUAAACUGUGUUUGAUUUUUAGCAAAUUAAUGUGUCCCUCUGUGGCACAAGCUGUAGUUAAAGGCAAAAUUUAUGAGGUAGUAACAGUUGCUGCUAGCUGCGGUGUUGUUGCUAAAGUAAAGCAUUGGCUUCCACUGAAAUUAAAUGGGAUAUUUUUUUGUUGGUUUUGGCUUCUGUUGAACUAGAGUGUUCUGUAAAUGUUUAUGGACUCUGUGCUCAGUAAAUGUAUUAGAAUACACGGUGAUGGAUGCAACAAUGUUGGUUCAAUGUAGUUGUGAAAAAUGUGCUCAAACCAUGAUGCUAGCACUGCACCAUGUGAGAGGUUACGUGGCCAAACAUGGGUACAUUGUAAAUACCUAGAAUUAUAAAAAGAGGUGUGUGUUGCUUUAUCGUUUGUUCUUCAAAAAAAAUCAAAACCACAAAAAGAAAAAUGUGAUCCUCAUCAGAGUAUCAGUUAGUACUUAAUUAUAUUUUGUUUUCAAAUUAUAUUUUGUACUUUUAAAAAGUGUUGUGGGACUUUCACAGUGUAAAACAAUCUUGUUAUCUGUAUUUCUGUCCUUUUAAUGAACCUUUUACUGAUCCUAUCAUUGAUUAUGGUCAUGGACCGAUGAAAAGAUCUUUUUUUAUAAGAUUACAUUUUAUUUAUGCAUAAUUACAUACAUAUACGUAUAGAGAGAUAUGUAUGUAUGUGUUAUCAAUAUAGGUGCAUAAAUCUACAACCCUAACUAAGCUUUUCAGAGACCCAGCACACUUUAAUAUUUUUGAAAAUUAAAUUUUCCCACAAAUUGGGUGUAUGUUUUUCGUCUUUCCCUUUUCAUACAUACUAGUCUCCCUAUAUAUCCCAGAUCCCCAUAAAUUAUCAAGUAGUAUUAAUUUUCUGUAAAUACAAUUUGUUUGUAGAUAAAUACUUGGAAGAGUUCCCAGAAUUUUUAAACGGGUGUAGAACAGCUAGGUACAGUUGUGCACUUUCUGUGACUGCUUAGCACAGAGUGAAGAGCUUUGCAAAGUAUGGAAAGUCAAGAUAGAACAUAAAUGCAGGGGUUUCCUUUACAGAAAAAUCCUGUUGAAUUGAGGAAGGAUGAAAUCAAAAGGGUUACAGAGAAAAUACUAUAAGAACCUGUAAAAUAGGACAGAGCAUAUUUUGCCAUCAAUGAUAUAAUUCAAUUGCUAAUCAUGUUUAUCCUACUUAACUAUGCAUGUCAAUUAGUAACUGCUAUUAACUGUUGAAAGUUAUUUUUAUAUGUGGAUUUUUGUUCCUCAUCUCUAUUGUAGCCAUAAUGAGACCCGCAUUUGGAUGUAUGGACUUGAGGAGUCUAGAUCCAGAGACAGUGAUGCACUUCAAGGAGAAAUCCUUAGUUGUACUUCCUUAUUACCCUUUAGAUAUUGUUCCAGUUUUAGAGCUGAGUCUCAUGAAAAGUCCCCAUCUCUAAUUUAAUUAUUCUGAUCAUUUUAUCUCCCAGAUAGGGCUUUUCUCAGAACCCUGUGACAUUGCCUCCUUGUCAUAUUUGAUAGAUGACCUGAACAUGUCAAACUCAUUUAAGUGGAAAAUCUUAACGUAGUCAAGGAUAGUCACAUACCUGAAGGAAUAAAAAUGUCACUGGGAUGUGGUAAGUAUGUUAAAUUUAAAUGAGAAGUCAUUUCAACAAUUAAAGAAUCCCAUAUCAAUCUGGAAGAUGCUGCUUUCUCUUAGAACACGGUUGUUGUGAAACUGGAUACCCAGUUUGAAACUGAAUUGAAUACCUGUGGACUUCUUUUCAGACUCUGGAUUUUGCAUAGAAUUUUGUAAGAUGCUGCUUUACUUGUGGUAGUUAGCAGUUUCCAAAUCACCCCUUCAUAGUCUGGGAUUCCCAAAAUCUUCAUACCAAAGGAGAAUUUUUGGUUUUUUAUUUUUUAAAGUUACUGUAUAAUUUUUAGGGGACAUACGUACUUCUGCCUUCUCUGGAUUCUUUGCUCUAGGAAAACAAACAAACAAACAGAAUGCUGUAACUUUCCUCUGAAAUUAAUUUUCUUUGCUUUCUAUAGAGAUAGAAAUAAUAUGAAGGAAUUGCUUGAGCAUAGUGAGAACCAAAUACCUGUUUCCUCAGUCGUACAUAACAAUCAAGCUGUGACAUGUACAUCUAGUGCGCCUCUGUUGGAAAGGACUGUCCCCAAAAAAUUCCAUACUGCUUACUCCUGUUUGAUAUUACAGAAGGAUUAAAACAAAACAAAACAAAUCAAAACAAAAAACAACAAACACCGCACAUUCAUUACUUUUAUGAGCUACAGACCAUUACAGGUCGGAACUUCCCUCUGAAAGGCUCCCCGAGAGAGUUUGCCUGUGGGGACUCCAAGGGCUCCAUCAGCUCCUGAAAUGCUCCCACAGCUGCUGGGUAGUCAGUGGCUUCUCCAUUUUGAAAUGCCCUUCCAAACCUGAACUCCAAAAAUGGAUGCUGUGUCUUUUCACUUAAAUACUUGGCUUUCCCUCUACCAAACCAGAAAGAGGCCAUUUAUUUCUUAUGAGGUCAUCUCCAAUCUCCAUUGCUGCCUUUUGUACCCACUAAGAAGUUUUCUUCCACGUGCAGUUGACAGCUGGGUGUCAUAAAACCUUAAAAGGGCAAUAACUUUGAUCAGUUAAACUUCUUGUUUAUGAUUUUAUUAAUAGUUACCCCAUAUCUAUAAUUUAAAAAAAAGAAGAUAGCAUUGUGUUGUAAAACUAGGCUGUGAUUUUGCUGAUUCAAUGCUGAUGGCCAGUUGCUCUCAGCAUUGUUCUGGGUAUCUGAUGAUUAAGGUUCAGUGACGGAGAAAAAAAUCUGUUCAGUGAAAAUAGCCUUUUGCUAAGGAAUGGCGAAGUAGAAUUAAGUCCACCUUUUAAAGCUCUAUGUCCUUCUCUUUAAGAGCUCUAGAAAGAAGUGCUGGUGGGUGUUUUGGAAUAUUUUUACUUAUUUUCAUCCAAUACUUAGUCCCAAAUCCAGCUCCAGUAGUCAUUUCCAUUCAUUCAGAAGCAUGGAAUAUACCUCAGUCCCUGAAUUCCAUUAAAUGACUUUGUUUGAACUGGAUUAAUCUUUUUGUCUUGUUUUUGCUUGGAGACUUCUUGUUACUAGUUAUUAUUACAUUUUAAUCAAAUUCCCAUACUGGAAUUUAGUGUCAGCAUAGGUUUGUAGGGCUCCAGUUAAUACUAGAGAGUGCCUCCAAAACCGGGCAGCUGGAUUUGGGCUGCUGGGACCCGAGUCAUUCGUACAGCUUAUUUGCACUGUCCUUUCCUCCAAACCCCUCCAAAACAGGCCAAGGAUGGCCUGAAGAGCAGGUAACUUGUCUUUGAGGAUCAGGUACAGCCUGCUGGCUUUCAGUUGUGUGCUUCCAUGUCAGGAUUAUUCAAAACACAUUUUUUGGAAGGUGUGUGAGAAUCUGACUAUAUGGCCAGGAAUUUGAACAAAAGCUACGGGAGACUGGCAGCACUCCAGUGAUUUGUUGGUAUCCUCAUUACAACUUUGGAGGUGUCCUGACAGAGUUACAGCAGAACCCACAUUAGAUUGACUCAAUGACAUAAACUCAAUUCAGCUACUAUCCAUUUCUUCCCCUAUCACACUUCUGUCUUUGAACACAAUUUCAGGGGGAAAAAAAAAUCAGAUGCUACAAUAUAGACAUGUAUGCUAUAUUGGCCUCACUCAUGUAAUAUAUCUGUAUCUGUUUCCGAAAAUGUUGCAGUGCGAUGUAAAAAAUAAAAAUUGUGUUCUUGGCUUUUCCACUUACCAAUUAAUUUCUCUUCUUAAGUAAUCCUGGUAGCCUUCAUCUUCUCAAAACACAAUACAAUUUAUUUUCUGUGAAGUCAUUUUCAUGGAAAUUGUGAGAUUCCAUUUUUAAAUUAAAAAG